ACUAAGUUAGGUUAUGAGAGUAAGAAAAUAAAACACAAUUGUUGUGUUGUGUCUCUAUUGUAAAAGACUAACAAUAAUUAAAUAAAAAGACUUUUACCAACAGAUUCGAAGGAAUAACCUGAAUAAUAAUCAUGCUGUAUUUAGAAGAUUAUUUGGAGAUGAUAGAACAUCUACCCCAAGAAUUGAGGGAUCGUUUUACAGAGAUGAGGGAGAUGGAUUUGUCUGUUCAAAAUAAUAUGGAUGACAUGGAGAAACGUGUGAGGGUGUUUUUCAAUGAAUGUAAACGCUAUCAAAAUAGUGAACUUCCUCCGAAUCUGGAACAAGAGUUCAAGUCGAUAAGGAAAGAGUAUUACAAAACAUUGGAAGAUGCUGAUGAAAAGGUGCAUUUGGCCAAUCAAAUGUAUGAAUUAGUAGAUAAAUAUUUGAGGAGACUGGAUACAGAACUACAUAAGUUCAAAUGCGAAUUGGAAGCAGAUAAUAAAGGUAUCACUGAGGUCUUAGAAAAACGAUCUUUGGAAUUAGAUGUUCCAGUAUCAGCAUCCAAUAUAUCAGCGCAGCAACAAAAAGAAAAUAGAUAUGAGAGUUUCAGAUACCGCCCAAGAUCAGAGAGAAGAAGGGAAAGUAACAAUUCUCUACCAUCUUAUGUGGAGAAAAGACAAACUAUAGCACCUACAGCUAUAAUUGAGACAAGACAUUCCAACAUAUCCCAAGCAACUCAAGUUGCAUCUAAUAAUGUAGCGUAUAAUUUGGGACAUAUAGGGGCAGGACCUGCAAUCGCAGCAGCUGCCUCUCAGGCCAUCGCUGCUACUCAACAGAUGCAACAAGGACGAAGAACCGCAAGUUUGAAAGCAUCCUAUGAAGCUAUUAAUACCGGCGGUCAUGGCCAUGAAUUCAGUAUCGGGAGGGAAUUAGCGGGAGCAGCUCAAACUGCUAUUCAAGCUAUCCAACAAGAUCAUGCCAAUAACAGAAAGAAGCAGAAGAAAUGGUCUAGCAACAAUUUGUCCAGCUCUUCUUCAUCGACUUCGGCUGUUCAAGCAAUUAUUCAGCAGCCUGUCGUUGCUCCCGUGGUGGAACCCCCACCUGUUGAUAAUUCCUUGCAGAAUGCAGAGGUGACAGAUGGCGAAUGGACUUACGAUCCUAACGAACCUAGAUACUGUCUCUGUAAUCAAGUCUCGUACGGAGAUAUGGUUGCUUGCGACAAUGAAGAUUGUCCGUCAGAAUGGUUCCAUUAUCCGUGCGUGGGAAUCACUGCACCUCCAAAAGGGAAAUGGUAUUGCCCUGGCUGUACGGCGUCGAUGAAAAGAAGGGGAGGUAGAAAAAAUUAGAUAGUCUCGAGUGUAAGUGUGUAGUUAUGAAAUAUUAGCAUAAUGUCCAAGUGUCCACGUCCUAAUUUUUUUAUAUUACAGCAAUAAAAAUUAUUGUGUUUGA